AUGGACCCACUGCAAACAGCUCACUUGGGCCCUCGAAAGAAGAGACCCAGGCAGACAGGCACCUUGAUGGCCUCAGGUCCUCAUAACAUCCGAUUUGGAGAUUUGGUCCUCUUCAUUUUGGAGAAGAAAAUGGGAACCACUCGCAGAGCCUUCCUCAUGGAGCUGGCCCGAAAGAAAGGUUUCAGGGUUGAAAACGAGCUCAGUGAUUCUGUCACUCACAUAGUGGCAGAGAAUAACUCGGGUAAUGAUGUUCUGGAGUGGCUGCAGGUACAGAACAUCCAAGCCAGCUCCCAGCUAGAACUCCUGGACGUCUCCUGGCUGAUAGAGUGCAUGGGAGCAGGGAAACCAGUGGAGAUGACAGGAAGACACCAGCUUGUUGUAAGAGACCCUCCAGCUAGCCCCAACCCAGGACCCCAGAAGACUCCAUCACUUGCAGUACAAAAGAUCCCUGAGUACGCAUGUCAGAGGAGAACCACUUUAGACAACUGUAACUACAUAUUCACGAAUGCCUUUGAGAUACUGGCUGAAGAUUGUGAGUUUAGAGAGAAUGAAGGCUUCUAUGUGACAUAUAUGAGAGCAGCCUCUGUACUGAAAUCUCUGCCAUUCACCAUUAUCAGUAUGAAGGACACAGAGGGCAUUCCCUGCCUGGGAGGCAGGGUGAAGUGUAUCAUAGAGGAAAUUAUUGAAGAUGGAGAAAGUUCUGAAGUUAAAGCUGUGUUAAAUAAUGAACGAUAUAAAUCCUUCAAACUCUUCACUUCUGUUUUUGGAGUGGGGUUGAAGACAUCCGAGAAGUGGUUCCGGAUGGGAUUCAGAUCUCUUAGUAAAAUAAGGUCAGACAAAAGCCUGACAUUUACACGAAUGCAGAAAGCAGGAUUCCUGUAUUAUGAAGACCUUGUCAGCUGUGUGACCAGGGCAGAAGCAGAGGCAGUCAACAUGCUGGUUAAAGAGGCCGUCUGGACAUUUCUUCCAGGGGCCUUCAUCUCCAUGACAGGAGGGUUCCGGAGGGGUAAGGAGAUUGGGCAUGAUGUAGAUUUUUUAAUUACCAGCCCAGAAGUAACAGAAGAUGAAGAGCAACAACUUUUGCAUAAAGUGAUAAACUUAUGGGAAAAGAAGGGACUACUUUUAUAUAGCGACCUCGUGGAGUCCACAUUUGAAAAGCUCAAGUUGCCUAGCAGGAAGGUGGAUGCUUUAGAUCAUUUUCAAAAAUGCUUUCUGAUUUUAAAAUUGCACCAUCAGAGAGUGGACAAUGACAAGUCCCCCCAGCAGGGGGGAAAGACCUGGAAGGCCAUCCGUGUGGACUUGGUCAUGUGCCCCUAUGAGCGCCGUGCCUUUGCCCUGCUGGGGUGGACUGGCUCCCGGCAGUUUGAGAGAGACCUCCGGCGCUAUGCUACGCAUGAGCGGAAGAUGAUAUUGGAUAACCAUGCUUUAUAUGACAAGACCAAGAAGACAUUCCUCAAAGCAGAAAGUGAAGAAGAAAUUUUCACACAUCUGGGAUUAGAUUACAUUGAGCCAUGGGAAAGAAAUGCCUAAGAAAAAGUUGUUGACAUAUUUCUGCUCUUUUCAGGUCAAAUAAAUUAUGCUUCAUAUUAGUAAAAGUUGCCUUAAGAAAGUUUGGGGGUUCUUUAGAUUUUGCUGAAAUGAAGAUUACUACUAAAAAUAAAUAGCUUUAGAGACAGAAUAAAGCACCACAUGGAAAGAAGUUAUGCUGUAACUGGCAUGAUUG